AUGCCAUCCACCAUCGCCCCUUUCCUUCACACCUCUCUUCUUCUUUUUCUUCCUCUUCUUUUCUACGCACUCGCCAUUAUCUUCCCCAGCAGCAGCAUCAGAAGCAGCAGCAGCAGCGUAGACAUCUCAUCGUCUGCGUACGACUGGAAUCGGGACGAAUUGCCCAAAUGCAAGAAAUUGCUGAUCCGAAAGGAAUGGCAUCGCUGGUUUAUUCACCUCUUCGAUAUUUCUCUCCGCGAUAACUGCGGAUAUCGUGGUCCCACACCAUACUGGGACUGGUCGCGCGACCAUGCAGACCUCUUCCACUCACCCAUCUUCGAGGAUUCACCCGAGUAUGGGCUCGGUGGGACGGGAGAUUGUGAUUCCACGGAUUGCAUCGUCACCACGGGGGCCUUUGCUGCGGGAAAUUUCGAACUAGCCUGGCCUGUUCAGCAUUCGUUGAGAAGAAAUCUGACGCUGCUCACUGGCUGGUUCGAACAUGAACAGCCUCAAAAUCGCACUCUCGGCCCGGAAACUGUGCGCAAUUGGACGGAACAGACGAAAGGAGACUUUUUUCGUUUCCAGCAUGCGAUGGAAGCUCUCCACGAUCAUGUCCACAAUUUCGUGGGAGGGGAUUUAUCUGGAGACUGUCCGAAAGUUAUGCCAGAGGAGGCAUGUCAUGGUUUGGCAGAUAAAUUCACGCCGAAUGAUCCGUUGUUUUGGCUGCAUCAUGGGCAACUUGAUCGGUUGUGGAGUCGAUGGCAACGGCAUUCUUCGUCCAACUUCCAUGCCUUCUCCGGCAUGCCGAUGAGUCCGCACAAUAUGAACGACACGCGCUACGACGUCGAUGCGCACGCGGAUUUUCAGAUGCCUUUUGAUACACAGGGCGUGUCUGUAUCGCCCCGGAGGGUUUUUGAUACGGAGAGCUGGCCGUUGUGUUAUCGGUAUAUGGAGGAGGAAGAGCAGAAGGUGGAGUUAUAA